AUGACACAGAAGGUCUUCAAGUUUGGUGCACCAGCAAAAGGGACUUGGAAGCAGCAGAGUAAAGAUUCUAGCUGUGGAGAGGAAUCAAAACAGGUAACUCAUAAGUUUGGGGAAUUUAUUGAGGCUGUCCAUGGAGGGGCAGGAGGCAUGAACCAGUAUACAGAGGAUGUUGAGCUUCAAAGGCAAUUGGCUGGCUUAUCCAAAGUUAUGGAAUUGGGUGAUCAUUCUGGAAAUGAUAGGAAUGUGACUCAUUCGAUUCAAAAGGAUAUUAUAGAUAAUCCCCAAAUUGAUGAUCUAACAGAAUUGGAAUAG